AUGGAUCAGUGCAAUACCCGAGGACGAGGGUUGCAUGAUGAUGAUGGUGCCCGAGGAUUAGGGCGUGAUGAUGAUGGUGCCCGAGGAUUAGGGCGUGAUGAUGAUGGUGCCCGAGGAUUAGGGCGUGAUGAUGAUGGUGCCCGAGGAUUAGGGCGUGAUGAUGAUGGUGCCCGAGGAUUAGGGCGUGAUGAUGAUGGUGCCCGAGGAUUAGGGCGUGAUGAUGAUUGUGCCCGAGGAUUAGGGCGUGAUGAUGAUUGUGCCCGAGGAUUAGGGCGUGAUGAUGAUUGUGCCCGAGGAUUAGGGCGUGAUGAUGAUGGUGCCCGAGGAUUAGGGCGUGAUGAUGAUUGUGCCCGAGGAUUAGGGCGUAAUGAUGAUUAUGCCCGAGCAUUGAGGGCAGGAUUAAAUGAAUCUUUUAGAUCACAACGUGAACAUAAGGUGCAAAUGGACAGGAGACUAGGGCGAAAAAGAACAUUAUCUCCUGCUGAAGAUAGAAGGGAAGACCAUGGUGAAUCGACGCGGAGUGGCGGACACAGCACGGACUGA